AAAUAUUGACCAGCAAUAGUAAGUGGAGUGUUCGGCCAUUAAUGGCCGAUGAAGGAGACGGCGAACUGCUACAAUCAACUCCAGACCAGUAAGAUUGAGUAAAAUGCAGUGAAGAAAAAGAAUUUGCAGAGAACGACUCUUCUUCUCGAACCUCUGAAGUGUGCGUUCUGAAUCUGGAGGAGGAGCUCUUAUGGAAGCCGGGUCGAGCAACAAUCCGCCAGGCAAGGCCGAGAAGAAGAAGGAAGGAGGUGCCAAUGGAAACUCGAGACUGGGUUCUAUGUUACCCAGGAUCGACCCAUUUGUGCCUCGGAAGGACCAUAACCCGGGAGAGUUGAGAUCGUGGGCUAAAAAAACUGGUUUUGUCUCAGAUUUCUCAGGAGAGACGAGUACGAGUGCCAGUGAGCAAUUCAGUUCCAGGUUUGAUCUGGAGAAGGGUGUUGAUCACAGAGGAGGCGGGUCAUCUCCAAAAAUCGAGAUCGAUCCAAUUCUCGGCCGGACCAGACGAGGAACCGAAAUUGAACCGGACUCGGGUUCUGGACCCGGACGUGGAGUAAGGAAGAAGGAGAAUGGAGGUAUUUUGGGGGUUAGAGAUGGAACAGCAAGAGAUGAGAACGAGAGGAGAGGCACCGUAAACGAGCCUGUUUUGGGUCCUAAAGAGGACGAAAGGAACGUCAAUGGAACUAGACAUGCGAAUGGAAUUUCUCGAAUUGGGAAUCAAAAUGCCAAUAGAGGAAUAAUGAAUGGGAAUCAAAUUGCCCCGGGGAACGGACACGAAGUCCCUAUGGUCACUCCUUCAGUUGCGGGGGACCUGAAAAUUGAGGAUGAAAAAGCUGAAAGAGAUAUAGAAGACGGGUUGUCUCCGGAAGGAGCGGAACCCGGUCAUGGCGGGUGGAGUAGACAGUCUCGACUGAAACAUGGGCUUAGAGAUAAUCCGGGUUAUGUGCCACUUGUAUAUUAUGGCUUGCAGCACUAUUUGUCAUUGGUGGGUUCAAUUGUAUUCAUCCCCUUGAUCAUGGUUCCUGCUAUGGGGGGAACGGAUAAAGAUACUGCCACAGUUAUUUCGACAAUGUUGCUAAUAACUGGAGUUACAACAAUCCUUCACUCCUACUUUGGUACCCGGCUUCCAUUGGUUCAAGGGAGUUCUUUUGUGUAUUUGGCUCCCGCACUGGUCAUAAUUAAUGCUCGGGAGUUUCGAAAUCUCACAGAACAUAAAUUUAGGCACAUAAUGAGAGAACUGCAAGGGGCUAUAAUUGUUGGAUCAUUAUUCCAAAGCAUCUUGGGAUUAAGCGGUUUGAUGUCCCUUCUGUUAAGAUUGAUUAACCCAGUUGUGGUUGCCCCAACAGUUGCUGCGGUAGGUUUAGCAUUCUUCAGUUAUGGUUUUCCACAAGCUGGCAGUUGUGUGGAAAUCAGCAUUCCCCAGAUAUUUUUGGUUCUUCUAUUUACCUUGUAUCUCCGAGGAAUUUCUGUCUUUGGACAUCGCUUAUUUCGGAUUUAUGCGGUUCCUUUAAGCGUCAUGAUCAUAUGGAUCUAUGCAUUAUUUUUGACGGCAGGAGGAGCAUAUAAUUACAAAGGUUGCAAUCCUGAUGUACCAACAUCAAACAUGUUGAUUGAUUCAUGUAGGAAGCAUGCAUCUACAAUGAGGCAUUGCAGGACUGAUGUCUCUAAUGCAUGGAGAACUGCUGCAUGGGUCAGAAUUCCCUACCCUUUACAGUGGGGAGUCCCUAUCUUCCAUAUGAGGACUUCCCUGAUCAUGAUCUUUGUGUCAUUAGUUGCAUCAGUGGAUUCGGUUGGAACAUAUCACACUGCAUCCAUUUUAAUCAAUUCAAAGCCUCCGACCCCAGGAGUUGUCAGCAGAGGGAUUGCAUUGGAAGGCUUCUGCAGUAUGUUAGCUGGACUUUGGGGUUCAGGUACAGGAUCAACUACUUUAACAGAAAAUGUGCAUACCAUCAACACAACGAAGAUAGCUAGUCGAAGGGCUGUCGAACUGGGUGCAGCUUUCCUAGUUCUCUUCUCAUUUGUAGGAAAAGUAGGUGCUAUUCUUGCUUCUAUACCGCAGGCCUUAGCUGCUGCUAUUUUGUGCUUUAUGUGGGCCCUUAUUGUGGCACUGGGUCUCGCAACUUUGCAAUACAGCCAAACAGCAAGUUUUAGGAACAUAACAAUAGUUGGUGUCUCCUUGUUUCUUGGUUUAUCCAUUCCUGCCUAUUUUCAGCAAUACCAGCCUGAAUCCAGUUUGAUACUGCAAAGCUAUUUUGUUCCUUAUGCAGCAGCAUCAAAUGGACCAAUCCACAGUGGUGGUAAACAGUUUGACUUUGCAAUGAAUGCAUUAAUGUCUUUAAACAUGGUGGUGACCUUUUUGUUGGCAUUUAUCCUGGACAACACUGUCCCAGGCAGCCGGCAAGAACGAGGGGUGUAUAUAUGGUCAAGGGCUGAAGACAUGGCAAUUGAUCCAGCUAUGCAAGCAGACUAUUCCUUGCCAAGAAAAGUAGCUCGGUUCUGUUCAUCUCAUUGCCAACCCCGCUACUUCCUCAACCAAAUCCAACGGCCAAUUACCUCCCACUUCAUCCAAAACCUUAACUAG